AUGUUAAUUCAGGAAGACAGUAAAGCACGCAGUUCUGUUUCUUUCAGUUUCAGCAUGUGCAAAGGAUUGCUAGGAUGCAUCCUUAUUAUUAUCAACAUUGUUUCACUGCUCGUUGGCCUUGCCUUCGGUAUUCUGUUUGGUCUUCUUCUGUUCAGCAAGUCCAUCAUUGAUAAGGUGGUCAGCGAUCUUGCAGCAAAACUUGAUAACGGCGAGGUUGAUAUAACAUUUCUACAUGAAACCUUGAGCGAGCUUUGGAAGCGGUUAUCACCUUUGUUUUGGGGUCUCCUCAUCUUGGGCAUCUUGACACUCGUUGUUGCUAUCUUGGCGUUCGUCGGACUAUGCUGCCGAAUCAAAUGUAUUUUUAUAUUGUACGUUGCCAUAGCUGCGGCAGCACUCUUAGCCACCGUCAUAUUUGUCAUCGUUUACUUUGCCAAGCCGUCAUUGAUAUUUGAUGCUGUAGAUAAGCGCUUAAAAAAUUCGAUCAUGAACUACGUAUCCAUCGUUUACGGCGAUUUUGAUAGCAAUUUUGCGUCUAUCCUAAUGCAGGUGGGCAAAUGCUGUGGCUAUAACAACGGAAGUGACUUUAAGUUACCGGAAGCAAAGUUUUCAGGAAGAGACAGCUAUAACGGCCAGCAGUUCUCCGACUUGGAAUACCCUGUGGCUUGUUGCAUGAUGUUGGAGCAGCAAGAAAACGCCAUAAACAAGUGUCCAAAAACGUUCAACGAUCAAAAUAGCUACAUAUCAGUUGGCUGCAAAUCAAGCUGGGAAGCCCAGCUAAAAACAGUGUGUGACAUUCUUGUGCUCAUCACCCUGGUAGCACUUGGCAUAGAACUUAUAUGCUUCGCUUUUGGAGUCAUUAUAAUCGUUUUACGCAAGCGUGAAGAUUGAGCAAACGGAUGGUCAGUAUCGCACAUAAAUCCACAGAACGUGAUUACUUCCCUUUUAAAUGUCAACGUGAUUUUAACCCCAAACAUGAUCUGAUGACCU